GCGGUUUCCAUGGUAACCAACGUAAACACAGACGUCCCGCUCCCGCCUCCUUUUCUGUGCGUCUUUUCCUUGUCUGAGUACAGCACCGCCAAAAGCAAACUCAAAUGGCAGACCAGUAUUAUGAAAAGGUUACAUCUAUCCAGCAAAGCAUGCAUAAAAGAGAGAAACGGAGAAUGGAGCUGGAGAGGGAAUUGUUUGCUUUCUCCAGAUCAGAUACGAGAAUCAUGCAGAUAAGGUGUUCCAAACUGCGCAGUUAUCUCAAAGAAAUCUGUGACAGAGAAGCACGAGCAAAAAUGAGAAACCUUGAACUUCAGAGAGAUGUGAAGAGCAUGGAAAUUAGCAUGAAGGAUUAUAGUCGUGACCCGAGUCACCUGCAAAAACAAAAGGAUGACUUUUUGAAAAAGAUUUCCAGAUUUAAGGAAGCAAAUAAAAAGGUGGAGCCCAUGUUAAAAGCAGAUCAGGUCCAAGCUGUGCACGAACAGCAACACGAUGUCAUUUUUUCUCACUCAGUGAAUGAUUUUGAACAAUCACCAGUAGGAAUUUUUAUAGACCAGCAGACUUCUACAGGCCCUGACAGAGAAGCUGGCACCAGAAGUGUACACUCACACCAAGCAUCGCAUCGUUCACCCAAUCACAGCGUUCACUCCGGCGAACGUCUAGCAAGUGGCCUUUUGAAGAACUUCAGAGUUGGCGGAGAGGAUGCCGCCAGAAAGCGAUCACAUUUAUCAGAUGACAUUUCAGGCUCAAACGGCUCCCCUGGCAGCUGUAAUUUGAGUGACAAACAUGAAAGAACGUCGGGGCUGCUCCCAUCUGUUCGUGCCUUACCAGACACAGCUGGUAGUGCGGCUUUUGGAAGUGUUGAUGAACAAGAAGCUUCCCCUCUGGUGACCUUGACAGGGUCUGAGAAGAAUCCAUCAUGCAGUAACAGCAACCCUAUGAGGGGUAAGAAUUCCCCUGCAGAACACACCGACUCCCAAGAGGUCGUUCACGAAGCACUCAUGAUGGGAGAUGAAGAGAGAGGUCUUGGCCAUUUGAUACGUGAAACCACUUUUGGAAAAGAAGCUCAAGAGACACCAGGUACAUGUGAGAGUGUCAGUGAACCAAGCUCAGAUGUGCAGGUGUCGGAGAGCAGUGCCAGCGACCUGACGAUUUCUCUGACACAAUCUGAGCUGGAGGAGGAUUUACCAGAGGAUGUAGCACCUGAGAGAAAUGCCUCUCACCGAGAAAGUGAUGAUCACAAACAGCACUGUCCUGAAUCAUCCCUCCACUCCAACACGUCGGAAAACACACCACAGCUAAAUAGCGACUCCUCAGCACCAGUGGUGACCUUGAAAAGCCUCUCUGUGGAAGGACUCUUUAAUCUGCUAGACUGCAUCGAAGGGCGACUCUCCGCUGAACACACCCCUGUGUACAGGGAUUCUCUAAUUGAGGAAAGACAAUUCAAUAGAAUUAUCAGCCUUUGUGACGAUGAAGCAGGCUUGAAUGACGAGGACCUUGAAGCAUGUGGAGCAGUCGUCCUUCAUGAGCUUCAGAGGUUGUCAUGGAGCACAGAAAAGAGCUGCCUGCUCCCACAGGAUGUAGUGAGUGCACAUCAGUCCAGCGCUGAGCCUAAUAAAAUAAGCACCAGCCUUCCUCCCAGUGCGGCUCGGCUGUGGGAUCGCUGGUUCAAGCACGCCCUUGUGCUCAAGGAGCAGCGUGUUCUCAGCACUGAGCGCUUGGUCCAACUGUUUACGCCACUCUUAGUGAAGCGUGAUGCCACCUACAGCCAGCAGGCCAAAGUGUUGCUGAGGACACUUCUCUCGCGGUCCAGUGAGGAGUGCCCCUCGGCAGAGGACAAGAGUGACUUAUCUUCUUUGCGGGGUUCUUCUCUCUUGGCUGACACUGAUGUGAAGCCCGCCCAAACAGCAGGCACGCAACGUAUUCAGGAACUACAAAGCACUGAAGAGGACAGCCAGGACGAAAGCCUUGUGGAAAGUGGUCCUAUUAGAGAGUCAAAAGCGUAUCAGUUACUCAAACAAUCAGCCAUGCGGGAAAGACUGCCGAGUUCUGAAGAGGAGGAGCUGAGUGGUUUUUCAGGAAUAAAUCACGGCCAUGAAGAGGACCUGGGGAGGGCCAAACGCUCCUCACAUCAAGACCCUUACCCUCGGAAGGGAACCUCAAAAGCUCUUUCUGCUCCACAGUCAAAAGCUUUUCGGGAGGACUCCGACAACAGCAACUCAGACAUUGAAGCAGCUUUACGUCCUCCAACGUUCAACUCAAACAACGAGGGCAUUGACGACUUCUACGACUGA